UGUGCUAAUAAAAGACCUCAAUCAAAGUGAAACCUACUGUAUGAGUUGUAGCUUCUACUACAACCAAACAGUGACCUUAACAAGAUCAAACUGCAAGUAAACUGCAUUUGAGAUUGAUUUUAUGAGUUAUUAUAUGAAAACCUUGGUAUCUUCUAAGAAGGAACCUUCGCAUAUUCGUUCUCUUUCCCGAGCCAGAUUAAAGAGAGAAGAGAGAAGAGAGAAGAGAGAGAGUUGUGCGUGUGCGCUGCGGUAGUGGAGAAGGCAAAUGGCAGCAGUAGGCGCAGUCUUCGAUCUUUGUCCUUCCGUUGAGGAAAUCAAAGCAGCGCGAGAGACCUCAAAAGCAGCGCUCCUUUUAUUGCUCUCCCUUCUUUCCCUAUCAAUAAUUCAGCAUCAUAUCAAUCCUUCCACCGCAUUAGUUUCAUCCACCACCUGAGCCUUUCCAAUCUGAGAGCCACCAUGAACUCCCAGCAGCAGCAGCAGCAGCAGCAGAAGAACACAAUCAAGAAGAAGCAGCAGCAGCAGAACCUGGUGAGGCAGAGGAAGCCCCACUUCUUCAAAGUCCUCCUCGGCGACUUCACCCACCACCUGAGGAUUCCCCCAAAGUUUCUGAAACACAUUCCAGGUCCAGCCACAGAGUCCAAAACGGCCAUCUUCCUUCACGGCCCCAGCGGAAGCAAAUGGACUGUGGAGCUGAGGAGAAACAGGGAAGGCACGUUCCUUGCCUCCGGCUGGAGCAAGUUCGUGAAGGAUCACUCUCUGAAAGAAUGCGAGUUCCUAGUCUUCCGGUACGAUGGCAAUAUGCACUUCACUGUGUUCCUUUUCGACACCACUGCGUGCGAGAGGGAGGACGCUUUUGCAGUCAGACGGUUGAAGCAGCCGUGGAAGACGAGAGGUCGCCGGCUGAAGGAGGAACCUGUGGAAGUUAGCAGCUGCUCUGUCAAGCAGGAAAUUAUGAAACAUGGAGUGGAGGAAACUAAACCAGUACAAAUCCAGCCUUAUUUACCUAGUCAAGAAAGAUGUGUGGCAUUCCCUGAUCCUAUCUGGAAUGACAAGCUUAAAAUGGAAGAGUUUGAGCUUCCACUUAGUAUGAUUCGCAACAAAAGAAAUUACAGGAGACUUUGCAUAUCAUCAACAAGAAGACAUGUGACAGAUGAAGAAAAGUUGCAAGCGCACAAAGUUGCCAAGUCUUUCACUUCUGCACUUCCGUACACCAUCAUUCGCAUGUCGACAACAACUCUUUUUAAGGGAUACAUGAAUAUCCCUACUCGGUUUUCACGGGAGCAUCUUCCACAGAAUACGUCAAACUUAAUCCUCCAUGACCCGAUCGAUAGGUCCUGGGUUGUGAACUACAUUCCAAAGGAGAAGGGCAACAAAAUAUCAAGAGGGUGGAUGGCUUUUGCAAAAGCCAACAAACUUGAGGAAGGAGACUUCUGUGUAUUUGAGCUAGUUGGUACGGUCAAGCUACGUGUGCAUAUUUUUCGGGUAAUUGAGGAAACUCUACCUAUAUCUACGGUGCCAACAAGGUCAGAAUAGGUCGCAUCCAAUUCCCACUUCUUCAAGCUCCUUUGAAUGAACUUGGCUUCCAAGCCAUUGGAGGAACUAUAUAUUGUAGGUGGGGGAAGAGGAGUGCCUUUCAUGUGAACUAUUGUGUUAGAUAUAAAAUGGUAGAUUAUCUACUAAUUAAUACAUGCUUGUGCAUAAUCCAUCUGGAAAAAAAAACCCUUCAAACUAUACUGCUAAUGUAAUGGUAGUAAUAUUUUUCUAUUUUUGUUCA